AGCCUGGCCCGUUCGCUUCUUCCUGCCCCCCGCCCCCCCCUUUCGGGGCAGCAUGGGAUGGCGCGCGGGCGCCGCGCGCCCGCGCUGGGCGGCUGGGCGGCGGCGGCGCUCGCGGCCUGCGGCGCGGGGCGCGCGGGUGCGGCGGAUGGUGUCGGCAGGUCGCUGCUCAUCGGCGUCAUGUCGACGCUGCCUGACCGGGAGAGGCGGACGGCCAUGCGCGAGACCUGGGUCGGCGAGGCCCGCCGCCUCCGCCCGAGCCUCGUGGCGGUGCGCUUCGUGCUGGGCCGCCCGGGCUCGGCGGCGCAGCGCGGGGAGAUCGAGCAGGACGAAUGCCACCCACGGCGACCUCGUCGUGCUGCCCUGCGUCGAGAACCAGCACAGGGGCAAGACCCCGCUGUGGAUACAGCACGCCCGCGACAACUUUGCCCAGGAGUUCGGGUACGUUGCCAAGAUGGAUCAGGACAUGACGCUUACGUCUGGCCGACCGAGCUGGCAGACCACCUGAUGUUCUUUGCGGAGACCAAGUUCUACGCAGGGGUCGCGGUGGACAUCUACCUCACGCAGCUCGGAACGCUCGGACCGCUUCGCGUUCGUGAACGGCGGCUUCGUCGUCCUGUCCAUGGACCUGGCUCAGAGGAGGUGGCCGACUUCGUCCGCGGCAUCCAGCCGACGAGCGACGGCUUCCUGCAGCAUAGGCUGCUGGUUGGCAACGAAGACGUGAGCCUUGGUCGGCUGUUCAAGCGCCACUGGGAAGAAGGACCGGGGGGGACCCUGAACAUGAACGCGGGCGCCUUCAACUGGAGCUCCACUUCCCCAGCGGGGCAGGGCACUGGCGCCAGCUCCGAGUUCGCCGCGGGGGACCCCAGGUUUCUCCUGCGAGCCUGCCCGUGGCGGCACUCGAAGGAGCUCAAGUAUCCCAGCGGUUACCUGCGCCAGUGGGAGAACCGCCACGUCAAGGGGUGCCGGUGCAACUGCCCCGAGGAGUACUCGCCGGAGGAGGCCGACGCUGCCAGGAGGGCCUUCGAGGCGAGGCGGGGGCGCUUCCGGACCGUGGAGGAGCUCGACGCCUGGAGGGAGGGCGAGAAGGCCAAGCAGCGCGCGCAGAACCAGCGGGAGAAGGAGAGCGCCUGGCGGCCGCGGGGCGCGAGGGCUUUGGCUGGCGGGCCCGCGCCGCCGCCGGCCGGGCGAGGAGCC